GGCAGUGCGUUGAGGAAUUCUGGAGCCCAUCCUAUCAGGAGAAAUACCUUAGAUACAGUUCUGUGAAUACAUGUAGUGUGAAAUCAUCACGUAAAUGUUUUCACACUGUCGAGAUCUAUCCAUGUCUGCUUUUCCCCCCACUAUUUUAGAUCGUUUUGUUGAAUUAUGAGAAGGGAGGAGGACCGUGUGGUGCUCCAGGUUUUGUUUCGGCUCUCCGCCUCUUUAAGUCUGCACCACAUCUGAUACUUUGGGCCUUUGUCGUUUGCACCGCAGUGAGUGCUCUGCUCCACAUUUUGCUUGGCUGUUCUCACCACACGGGCGCUCACCCGUGGCUGCGUAAAAAGCCGCUGCGCACCGCUUCGGAAAUGUAGUUUUGCGCGUCCCCGGCGGUCUCCAAAAAAUGGACCUAAAAUCCGAACUCCUGAAGUCCAUCUGGUACGCUUUCACGUCGCUGGACGUGGAGAAGUGCGGGAAAGUUUCCAAGUCGCAGUUAAAGGUGCUGUCCCACAACUUGUACACAGUGUUGAACAUCCCACACGAUCCCGUUGCUCUGGAGCAGCAUUUCCAGGAUGAUGAUGAUGGACCAGUGUCUAAUCAUGGCUACAUGCCCUACCUCAGCAAAUACAUACUGGAUAAGGUCAAAAAGGGGAUGUUUGAUAAGGAGAAAUUUGAUGACCUGUGCUGGACAAUGACCAUGAAGAAGAACUUCAGAAGGGUGCCACAGGGGACACUGCUAUCGGAAAGGGACUGCUUCAAGCUCUUCUGUUUAUUCAACCUUCUGUCAGAGGACCGAUACCCACUGGUGAUGAUACCAGAGGAGGUGGAGUAUCUCCUCAAGAAAAUCUCCACUGCGAUGAGCGAGGAGUGGGAUGGGAAGCCCAUGGAGGACUUACUAUCGCAGGAUGCUACAGUGUGGGAAGAGGGAAUGUCCGUGUGGACCUUCCUGGAGGAUAUGAGUGCAGGCCGGCUGCUGAGCGUCACCAGCGCUGAGGCCUUCAGCCUGGCUUUAGAUGAGGUGUUCCUGGAGAUCUAUCACAGCGUUCUCAAGAGAGGUUACAUGUGGAAAAAGGGGCAUGUGCGUAGGAAUUGGACUGAGCGCUGGUUUGUGCUGAAGCCCUCCUCCAUGGCCUACUAUGUCAGCGAGGACUUAAAAGACAAGAGAGGGGAGAUCCAGCUGGAUCAGAACUGUGUCAUAGAGUCUAUUCCAGACAGGGAGGGGAAGCGCUGUCUGUUCUGUGUGAAAACCCAUAGUAAAACCUACGAGAUGAGCGCGCCUGACCAGAAACAGAAAGUGGAGUGGACUCAAG